UUCUAAGUUUAAUGCGGCGUGGCAGCUGCAACCUCUGUCAAAACAGGUAUUGUCGCGUUGACGUCAGCAAUCCAGGUAGUGAGCCGGGGCGUUCAAUCAGGUCCGCGGAGCGCGCACACAAAGCUCUUGGAGGGGAUUGUAGCAAGUAGCUCGAGCGCGCUAACCUGUAAGUUCACCUGUUCAAAAUUACACGUAUACUUUAUGGUCCCAUUUCCAGCAGGAUGACAACUAGGUGCAAGACUGAAGGAUGUCGUAUAUGCGGCAACGAUCUACAGGGGAACCAACGCCGCUGGCUUUUUGCAGCGCAUAAACGGAAAGGGGCCCAGAAUCAGAGUCCAACACGGUCACUUUGCAAAGAGUCUGCUUAUCUUCUGUCGCCAACCAGGUCUGCCCAGAGCAGCCCAUGGGGCAGUACAUUAUCUCUUGGCUCCUCAAAUUUAUUGUACAAGUCUCAUACCCUUUCCACCCCUAAUAAAGGAAUGGACCUGCUUGCUGUGCUGACACACAUAUUAGGGCAGUCUGUAACACGGGGUAACGGGAAAGGGGAGUUUGUAUGUGGCAAAUGUGUGUCUGUGCUCGAGCGAGUGUUUAAGUUUGACACAGUCAUAGCCAGAGUUCAAGUUUUAUCCAGGGAGAGGCUUCAGAAACUGACUAAGGAAAGGGACAGCUUAAGACGGUGGGUACGAAGUCUUUAUAUGCAGCACCACCCAUCUGACCUGAAGAGCAGAGGAAGCUCCAGUGAAGAAGAUGUAGAGCUGGGAGAAGGCAACUCGGGGAACGCUUACCGAGAGAUGCUGAGUGACAACAUGGCGCUCGCUGCGUAUGAAUGUUGGUCUGAGAAAACUGAGUCGUGUCCAUAUUUUAAGAGAACCGGUAAAAGAUGCAGCAAAUUGAAAAACUGCGAGUGCUGUGACUCCUUAAGGGUGUCCGAUUCUGAUUACGAAUUUGUUUGUGGAGUUCCUCGCAAUUUACCUGAGCAAGCCCCAUCUCCGUUUGGCUUAUCUAGGGACAAGUCCCAGAGCAUGCCUCUCCACUGGUCCAAAGCUCCAUCGCUCCGCUCUAGUCCCGCCUCCUUAGCUGGUUCCUGCCAUUCGCUAAAAGCACGAUCUCGUACAGCUUCAGCACAAUCGCUCGACUCUGUAGAUGGUCAUGAUCCGUUUGAUUGGCCAGAUGAGCAUUCAGUCAUUUUGGACUCCAUCCUCCAUAAGCUGAAAAGUAUAAAGGGAAAGCCAUUCAGGUCUCCAGCAGGAAGUCGCAUCCCAGUUUUAGUGAAGGGACCAAAUGGCAGUGUGGCAGAUGGAUCACCUCCGAUCGGGGUCACACGAGUGCUGAAUUUUGGACAGGGAGGUGAACGAGUGGAGGAAGAUUUGAAUGAGGAGAGUGAGGAUGUGCUGACUGAACUGAGGGAAGAAUUUCUGCCACUGCAUAGAGAGGUCAAUACAGCCAGAGUGCAUCUUGUAGUCAAGCAGUUACGAGAGCAGCUGGAUCAAGCACAUGCUUGUAUCAGGAUGUUGGAGGCGGGGCUUCAGAACGGCACCCAUUCAGUCCCCAGUAAGACCCAUCAAUCAAAGCAGUCACUACCAGUGUAUCCGAACAGCAGCUCAGAGGAUGAGAGUGGACUGAUCCGGAAUCUUAGCCACUCACUGCAAAGCAGAGACAGAGUUAUUCAGGAAUGUGUGACUUUGAUCCGAAAGCUUUGUUUGGACCUUGGCUCAGGGAUAGAGGAGGCUGAUAAACUCAUCAGCAGUGUAACUGUGACUCUGACUGAUACACACUCAGAGCGAGAGGGGGUCUUGGAAGCUGAGCUGACUGAACUGAAGGAGAGAGAAAGAAGCCUGCAGAAAGAGCUGGAGGUGCUGCAGGAGGCAAGCAGAGGGCAGGAGAGAGAUCUCCUCACUGUCAACAGUGUACUCCAGAGUAACCAAGAUGUCAUCAAUCAUUUGCGAGUGGAACUGGCUGAGAAGACGCAGUCACUGAAGGACGUGCAGAAAGAGAGGGAGUUAUGGAAAGAGCGGGACUCCGCCCUGGAAAAGGUGUUGCAGGAAAAAGAAGCUCUCAUCGCUCGUCUGCAGCAGGCAAUAGAGAGCUCCCAAAAAGAUGUUCAGGCACUCUCUGAUUCUCUGAUUGGUCGGGGAUUGCCAGGAGGUGGAGCUGAGGGCACUUUGGCCAGUCAGGUGCGAGAGCAGGAGUCCCUGCUUUCAGACUGUCUCAAAGAUUGGGAAGUGCACACUGCCACCACGAGUCAGGAAGUCUCAAAACUCUAUACAGCUUUAGAAGAAGCUGAGGCUGUAAUACAGGACCAACGGCAAAGUCACAAACAAGCCAUAACAGAACUGUCCGAGCAGCUGAGAGACAGUCGCAAAGAGCUGAGGGAGAUGAUUAAAGACACCAAGCAGGCAGAACAUGCCUGGAAGACUGAAAGGGCAAAGAGAGAUUUAGAAGAAGUUCGAUUAAGAGAAUGCUUGCAGAAAAGGGAUAAACUCAUCGAGCAAGUACUCUUGGAUGCAGAGAAGCGAGAUGGCAUGCUAAUAGAAAUUCAUCAGGACAUCUUCAGUAAGGUUGAACCAAGAGUCAGCCUCAAACACACACUAUGAUUUUUGUGUGUGAGAGUGGCAGACAUACACUGGACUACAUCUGUAUGGAUGGUGGAUAUGUACGGGGCUAUAUGACCAUAUCUUUUGUAAUAUCACUACCACAGAUUGAUAAGGGCCCUUAUUUAGUCUCAGUUUUCCAAAUGCCUUAUCUUCAGUACUGCUUUUAUUAGUUAUCACGGUUUGAUUUUUUUUAAGUAAGGCCUUGCCUAUAACUCCAUUAUCUCCGUUCAGCUAAUUCAGCCUAUUGUAACAUAUUGACGUGGUGCAUUCCAAGACACGUAUGAUUGUUUUAAUUUAUUUCUCAGCAAAACAUAAUACUGUAUAAGGAAUUAAUUAUUGUUGAUUCCAUGCCAGCACUAAAGUGUACCUGCUAUUUUCCAAGAAUGUAUUGCUGUUUUUAUGUUUGGGAUUAAGUGAGUGGGAUUAUCUUGUUGUUUUUGCCUAUACACAAUUAAUUUCCUCCAGGCCUUGGAGAGAGCGAUUAUAUUCAUGCAUUAAUUUUUGCAAAUUGCUAUUUGCAAUUAUUGUUUUUAUUUUCUAAUAUAAUAGUGCAAUGGGUUCUUUUGUUUAAACUUUUAAUUUUUUUUUAAAAAGGAUUUUUUUUUGUGUAUGUUUGUUUGAUUAUUUAUAAGGGAGUACAGCCAAGUGAAACUUGAUGAUCCUUUUUUUUGUUUUUGUUUUUGUUUUUUUGUCCACAGUCUUCUUUACAUGUAGGCCAAAAGCCUGUAAUCUGACAUUUAACAUUUGGAUGAGGUUAUAUUCACGUGCCAAAGUGAUUGUUCUUUCUUGAGAACAAUGACAAUAAACACUCUUAUCACACUA